UAAUUUGUCGAUUUUUAAUUAUUUAGUCGCUAAGCAGGAGGAGAGGAGAAAAUUAAAUUAGGAAGGAAAAGAGGUAGAGAUUAGGGUUUGGUAUUUUACACAUGAGAGGAUUGGAGUGAAAGUGAGAAAAUGGAGGAAUCAGGAUCAGGGGGUGUGUGGUGGUGUUGUUCCCCAUUGAAGAUGAUAGUGGAGUCGCUAAGGAUUAUGAGCUGCAACAAAGUGGUGUUCGCAUCCAUCAUGCUCCUCACCACCCUUCCUCUAUCGACCCUGGUAAUUUCCCAAUCCAUCUCCACCCACUCCCUCACCUCCCAAAUCCAGCACCUGGAGGCCCUCGCACACUUCACCUCCACACGUUUCGAGGCCCGCCACGUCUGCCAAGAAUCCCGCCACGAAGCCCUCUCCCUCCUCCGCAUCAAGGCCCUCUUCUCCCUCCCCUCCUACCUCCUCUCCCUCGCCGCCGCCCUAUCCUCCGUCCACUCCACCCUCCUCGCUCUCCACGCCACCGCCACCACCACCGCCGCCGCUUCCCUCCGCCACCACUCCGCGCGCCUUCUCGCCACCACCAUCUUCGUCUACGCCAUCCUCUUCGCCUUCUCCCCCCUCCCGCGCGUCCUCGCCUUCCUCGCCACCUCCGCCACCGCCAGGCUCCUCCUACUCGCCUCCGCCUCCGCCCUCGAGGUCUACCUCAUGGCCGUGAUGAGCGUCGCCCUCGUCGUCUCCGUCGCCGAAGAGAGGUUCGGCUGGGACGCCAUUCGGGUCGGAUUCGCUCUGAUGGAGGGAGGCCGGAUCUGCGGGUGGGUCCUGUCGGGCUUGUUCGUGUUGGGCUCGAGCCUGAUCGGGUCGAAGUUGGAACACUUGAUGGACGGUCAGGAUUCGAUCGCGGUUAAGGAUAAAGCGAGUCUGAUAGUUUCGUACGGAUUAUUAGUGCUGUGGAGUUAUGUUGUUAUCACUGUGUUUUACUGUGACUGUAGAAAACGGCAUCCAAUUAGGGAACACCAAGCAGAUGAUGAUGACCUUCCACAACAACAACUAUCUCUAAUGUGGGGAUGGUGAAAAGGGCAGGAUGCAAGCAUAGUUGCCAAUAGAACCCGAGGUCAAGCAUUUCAAGUCUUGGUAGCUUCUUCAGGAAAGGAAGGUUCAAAAGAUGAUGUGGUCAUGGUUUGAUCCUGUGGAAGCCAAGCGAUUGGCUGCCAAACAAAUGGAAAGAAUUAAAGCAAAAGAGAAAUUCAAGAGAAGACGUCAAAUUGAGGCAAUUAACGGAGCAUGGGCAAUGAUUGGUCUCACGGCUGGCCUAGUUACUGAAGGCCAAACUGGAAAAAGUAUUCUGACUCAGGUGAAAUUGGAAAUGCUUCUAUUUACAUGUGCUUGUGUCAUACAGAUGAAACUACAUGAGCUCAAAUAAACAAAUGCUCAUACAUGAGGGCAUUCUAAAAUACGUACACCUAAUGGAAAGUAUAAGGCUCUUCUAAACUUGAGUUUGUCUCUAAUAUGAGCAAGUAAGGGUAUAUCCGUACCCGAUUCAGUUUAAGUGCAUCAUGAUUUUAUUUAGCCUACAAAAAUUCAAGGGUGGAUGCACCUUUACUUCCCAAAAGACAAAACUUGGAUAAAAAUCCCACAUCUUCAUCAUUAAUUUCUCAAAUCAAACAAUAACAUGUGGACAUUUUUUGCAACAUUAAAUAGCUUCCAUUUAACAAAUUGUUUAAGAAUUUUAGAAAAAUGCCCAUGUGUCAAUGUUUCAUUUGUUUUUUUUUGGAAGGCAAAGAUAUAAUAUAUUAUAGAAUAACGAGUACCAGAGGUACUACAAAAUACAGAAAAGGGGUCCUGACAAUUCUGGAGAUACAACACCCUGCACAAAUGAAAACCCUACUAACAUAAACUUUAACUAAAAGCUAUAGACAUAUUCGAAGACCAGCUAUAAUAAGGAAUCUGGAAGUUCCUUUCCCAACCCCUCAACCAGGUCCAUAAAAGGAACAGAGUGCUAUCUGUCAGCCUAUUGAUAUCAAAAGUUUGAUUCUGAAAAAUGAUAUCAUUUCUGAGCCUCCAAAUUGAAACUGUAGCUGCUAUCCACCACAUUGUCCUUCUUGUGUUAGAAACCUUUGAAGUUGCUGAGGAGUAGUGCUGGAGAAAAUUAUCCAAAGGCCUACAGUGAAACACCUUGUGAACUUGAGGCCAAGGAUAUAAGAAGCUGGAUUGAAGUUUUCAUAAAUGUUUGCUAGUCUUGGUGAUAUCACGGACACAACUCCCUUGUAUGGUGUCAAAACAAAAUAAAAUAAAGUCAACUGCUUCCAGUUCUAGUUAUGUCAGAUGGUGACCCCAUAACUACCAGAACUCCAUGAGUGCCUUUUGGUUUAUAUGAGAAACUGACUAUCAUCAAGAUAUUAGGAUCAACCCUUAUUCUUCCUGCUGCACAAAAAGGCUAUAGAAUGGUGCGUGUGAUGUUUUGAAUUCUCAAUUUUGAAACAAGCACUGCAGAGUUUUUCUCUUCAACUUUUACGAUGAAAGACAAUAUGCUAUUCUUUGAGCAAGCGUGAACGAGGAUUUUUCAAUGAAUUGCCAGUUAUACAUCGGGGCAUAAACAUACUAUACUGUUUUCAGAAAGACUUUAGAAUAUUAGUUCAAUGGCUUUUAGAUUUGAAAAUCUUUGGAUGCGCAAAAAGUAUACACGUUAGCUCCCAUUGAAGUGAUGCAUUAAAAAGGGGGAGAGGGAAAUAUUUAUGAUCCAGUUUUGUGAGGUUUGUAGGAGAAAAAUUCUGUGCAGAAGCAACUGAAUUUAGUAGUCUAUUUUGCGGUGUUCAUUGUACAAAGGGUGUAUAUUAGGGCCCAAAUAUUUGGAAAUUGACGGAUUCACAUUAGUGGGUGUGAGGGCAGCUGUCCCACAAAUUUAUUAAAAAAAAAA